UCAAAUCAGUCUUGAUUUAGUCGCGAUUCAGUGCGUUUGUGAAAACAUUAAUAAUAGUGUUGUUGAGAUAUCAAAAAUAUGAAACUCCUUAUUUUGUUCGCCACUUUAUUGGUGGGCGUAAUUGGUGUCAACCAAACUAGAGCUGAUAAUCCUGCUCCAAGACUAAUCUGUGUUUAUGAUUCAACCAGUUUUACUCGUGCAGGAGCUGGUAAGCUUGCUAUAUCUGAAUUAGAACCAGCUUUACAAUUUUGUUCUCAUUUGGUAUACGGAUAUGCCGGUCUUCAUAAUGAUAACAGCAAACUUAUCCCCUUGCAUAAGGAUCUCGACACUGAUAAGGAAAAACAUUAUCUAACAAUAACGAAUCUUAAAAAAAAGUACCCACAUUUGAAGGUUCUUCUAAGUGUCGGAGGUGGACGGGAUGAAAACCCAGAAAAAUACCUUUCCAUGUUAGAAGCUAGCGUUAAUCGGAUGGCAUUCAUAAACAGUGCACAUGCCUUGGUAAAAACUUACAAUUUCGAUGGUAUAGACUUGGCAUGGCAGUUCCCUCCAAAUAAACCAAAGAAGAUUCGCGGAUCUAUUGGUAAAUUCUGGAAGGGAUUCAAGAAAAUCUUCAGUGGAGACUCCACGCUGGAUGAAAAGGCCGAAGAACACAAAGAGGAAUUUACGUCACUGGUUCGUGAGCUUAAAAAUGCUUUCCGAGCUGAUAAUUUAGCAGUAUCGUUGACUGUUCUGCCAAAUGUUAACAGUUCAAUAUUCAUUGAUGUCGGCGCAAUCAUAAACUAUCUGGACUUUGUUACCCUGGCAGCAUUCGAUUUCCAAACACCCACACGUAAUCCCAAGGAAGCCGACUUCCCAGCUCCUUUGUACGAACUCAACGAACGCAAUCCUGAACACAAUGUUAACUAUCAAGUACAAUACUGGCUGAAUGGCCAUUGUCCAGCUACUAAAAUCAAUGUGGGAAUUCCAGCUUAUGGACGUGCUUGGACAAUGACAUCGGACUCGGGCAUAACAGGAGUACCACCAAUUGCCGAAACUGAAGGUGAAGCACCAGCUGGUAUGUCAAGUCUAGAACCAGGAUUUUUGAGUUGGCCUGAAGUGUGCGCGAAAUUGCCAAACCCAUCGAACUCACAUCUUAAAGGAGCCGAUGCUCCUCUGCGUCGUGUUGGUGACCCAACUAAACGUUUUGGAACCUAUGCUUACCGUAUUCCUGAUGACAACGGUGAUCAUGGUAUGUGGGUAGGCUACGAAGACGCUGAUACUGCUGGCAACAAAGCAAGUUAUGUACGCGCCAAAGGACUUGGUGGAAUUGCUCUAUUCGAUUUGUCCAAUGAUGAUUUUGCUGGAAGAUGUACCGGCGAUAGGUACCCAUUACUCAGGGCAGCUAAAGCUAGGUUGUAAAAUACUUUUUUUUAUUUACCAAAUAAUAUUCAUUAAAAAAUAAACUUUACACAAAUUUA